UCCCUGCAAAUAACAUCCAUUUCUGAAGCCAUUUGAGACUCUGAGAGCAGUAAUGGCCAAAAACCAAGCCAGCUUCUUCCUUCUCGUCGCGAUAGUUCUUUGUUUUGCUUGUUUUCCUUCCCAGGCUGCGAUUAAAAGCUACCAAUUCGAUGUUCAAGUGAGUAAUGUGAGUAGGCUGUGCCAUGCAAAGCCUAUUGUAACAGUGAAUGGAAGAUAUCCAGGGCCUACCAUUUAUGCUAGAGAAGGGGACAGAGUUCUUAUCAAUGUCACUAACCACGCACAAUAUAACAUUUCAAUCCACUGGCAUGGGCUGAAGCAGUAUAGGAACGGUUGGGCAGACGGACCAGCAUACAUAACACAGUGCCCAAUCAAGACGGGAAAUAGUUACGUGUAUGACUUCAAUGUGACAGGGCAGCGAGGUACCCUGUGGUGGCAUGCACACAUUCUUUGGCUUAGGGCUACAGUUUAUGGUGCAAUUGUUAUCAUGCCACAACAGGGAACCCCCUUCCCUUUUCCCCAACCAGAUAGAGAGGAAGUAAUUGUUCUUGGAGAAUGGUGGAAUGCAGAUGUUGAAGCAGUGGAGAAUCAGGGAAACCAAUUGGGAUUACCCCCAAACAUGUCGGAUGCUCAUACGAUAAAUGGAAAGCCCGGUCCUCUCUUUCCAUGUUCUGAAAAAUAUACUUUUGCAAUGGAGGUUGAGCAAGGAAAAACGUACCUUUUGAGGGUCGUAAAUGCUGCCCUGAACGACGAGCUGUUCUUCGCAUUGGCAGGCCACAGCAUGACAGUGGUGGAGAUUGAUGCAGUCUACACGAAGCCAUUCUCCACCGAGGCUAUACUGAUCGCGCCAGGCCAGACGACAAACGUCCUGGUUCGGGCUAACCAGGCCCCCUCGAGAUACUUCAUGGCUGCCAGGCCGUUUAUGGACGUUCCCAUUCCAGUGGACAAUAAAACCGCGACAGCAAUUUUUCAAUACAAGGGCGUUUCACAGGCCGUCGUGCCAAUUCUCCCCGUCUUGCCUGCACCUAACGACACGGGUUUCGCCAUGGACUAUAACAGGAAAUUGAGGAGUCUAAACUCCCCGAAAUAUCCAGCUAAUGUUCCCCAAACAGUGGAUAGGAACCUGUUUUUCACAAUUGGGUUAGGGGCUAAUCCCUGCCCAACUUGUUUGAAUGGGACUAGGCUCACUGCUUCUUUAAACAACAUCUCUUUUGUGAUGCCCCAAACAGCUCUUCUUCAAGCUCAUUACUUCGACAUGAAAGGCGUUUUCGCCUCGGAUUUCCCAGACAAGCCCCCGACUCCGUUCAAUUACACAGGGGCACCACUCACGGCUAAUCUUAAGACGGCUAAAGGGACAAGGCUGAGUAAAAUUGCCUUCAACUCUACUGUUGAAUUGGUCCUGCAGGACACUAACUUGCUCUCAGUUGAAUCGCACCCUUUCCACCUCCAUGGCUACAACUUCUUUGUGGUUGGGACAGGCGUUGGGAAUUUCAACCCUGCCAAGGACCCUGCAGGCUAUAACCUGGUGGAUCCCCCGGAAAGAAACACCGUCGGCGUUCCUACAGGUGGUUGGACUGCUAUCCGGUUCAGAGCUGACAAUCCAGGGGUAUGGUUUCUGCACUGCCAUUUGGAGCUUCACACAGGGUGGGGACUGAAAACAGCAUUUGUAGUAGAAGAUGGGGCAGGCCCAGAUCAAACCAUUCUGCCUCCACCAAAGGACCUUCCUCCAUGCUGAUAUAUAUAUAUAUAUAUAUAUUCUAUAUGAAGCAUCUGAGGAUGGAUGUGUAUAUGCAUCACAAUGCAAAAGACUGCAGGAGGCAGCUUGAGGAUCAUUUCAGACUAAUAACAAACAAUACAGGAAAUAUUCGAUUUCUUUAACUCAAUUUGUUUGUAACUAUAGAAUGCAAUAAAGGUCCACAAAAAUGGAGAAUGAAGAAGAUGGACCAACAUUAUAUUAUUGUUUCAUUUCUUAUCAUUCAAUUUCCAUUGUAUUCGCAAUUCAUAAUGAGUAAGGUGUGUUUAGUGUGCCACUAUUUCAAUUCAUGUCACAAUUUCCUCA